AUGGCAGCCGCCUUUUGGCAGUGGGAGAGACAAAUCUUUCUCAUCUGUGGCUACCUGCGAUACAUCAAGCAUUUGGAGCGGAACGUUUCUGUGAGUGACCGAGAUCGAUCUCUUUGCGGAUUGGCAGUCCAAAUGCUCAAUGCAGAAGGGCCGGCAAAAAUCCGGGAAGAUCUGCGGCACAAGUAUCGGAAAGCAGAGAACUUCAAGCAAGAGUUGGUCAAGGUCCUUGACAUGCUUGUUGAGGGGGGUUUGCUGAUUUGCACGCAAGAUCCAAGAAAAGAAGCGCCCAAGACGAAGCGCAGAAAGCGCAAGCAGGAUGAGGCAGCCGAAGUGGAGGCGCCAAGCGAGCUUCCAGGCCAGCCUGCUUCUUCCAGACAUGCGCUGCAUUUGCGGAAACCCGCUGCAGUGGAUCUUUCUGAAGGAGCCGAGGCAGAGGCUACAUCCCUGCCAGCGUUUGCCGCCAGCUGGGGCCCCGCGUGCUUUGUCACCGACAAGCGAGUGGUUGCAAGCGCCGGCGACCAGCUUGACACAGGUCGGCUUCAAGAGAUGUCAAACACUGCCAAGAAACGGGCUGUGAGGCUCCCAAGGAAACCCAAGGCGUCCGCGGCGCCUCCAGUGAGAAAGGCCAAAAAGGAGCCUUCGUUGCUACUGCCAUCCAGUCGAAAUGAGGAAGCAGCGUCCGCAUCCGUGAAUCCUGUCAAGCCAGCAGCCGCGCCAGCAGAUUUUGAGCAGAAAACGCCAGCAGAACGUCUUCCCCAGCAGCGGCAAGAUAGUCUGGAGAAACUGGCUGGAUGCAUGGCCUGCCGUCGUAGUGCCCCCGUGUUAAUGAGCAUUUUGGAAACCAACCCAUUCAGACAAUCACCCCCCGAAGCUUUGCCAGCCUUGCAAAAUGACAAGCCGUGCCGUGGGAUGACCGCGACCCAUGACGGAAAAACAGUUUUUGUGGUGGACACCUUUCAACAACGAAGUGCAUGGAUGGUUGACAUCGCUCAAGUGCGGCCACGGAACGACGGCGUGCUAACUUUAGGCCGUAUUUUGACUGUCAAGGCAGAUGUCCUGACCCAUGUUCGCUUUGACUUGCUGGUUGCUAGGGUCUCUUCUUCUCAGGUCCUUUUGCAAAAGGCCGAACGCUUGCAAGAAGCCCAGCAAGCGGCCUCGUUUCCAUUCAUUGUGCCGCCUCCUGCCACACUGCCCGGCCACGUGCCGCUCCAUGAUGUCAAGGUGCAACCAGAGGCAGCCAAGUUGCAUGCUGACAAGCACGGACAUGUAACAGCGCCCAUGCGAGAUCGGGAGAUGACUCAAUGGUACCUUGACUUGCCACACUCAGUUGAAUUUAAGCUUUGUCCUUAUCGUUGCCUCACAUGCAAGCAGCAAAGUAGUAGCAGUGCUUUUGGAGGCAGCUACUUCGCAAUCACCGAUACAGAUAUUCGCAAGGCUUUUCCUGGAGUUUGCGUUGUCCAUCGGCCCAAAGAAAAGAAACAUUACUUGAGCCGCCGGUAUUUGUUUGAAGUUCUGGUCCAAUUUUAUUGCAAGCUCAAUUGUCGCGAGGUGCGCAGAAGCCUCAUGGAUGCUUGUUGCACCUCCACGAUCCAGACAAACUUCUUGCACCGAGUCCAUGCAGUGCCGAAGAGCAUAGUGUUGCGUCAUAUCGUGGUCAAAGCUUUCGGCCAGUGUCUUGAUGAUAUUGUCACAUCUUUCCAAGAGAAGAUGUUUCUAUACAAUGCGCAGGGAGUCCGGCAUGAUGGCAAUAUGGGUUUGGCCCGUCGGGUCGUCUUGCCACAUAGUGCUGGUAGGUACCAUGCUUCGUGGCCAGAGCUACGUUUGCAGACUUUCGCACCCACUCCAGGUGAUGCCAAAAAACGAUGUGUAGUCCCCGUUCAGGAGAUGCAGGAAGGGUGCACCGUAGCCGGCGACCCGCAGCACGAUAUCGGGGGAGGGCAGCUGACCGAGAUGACGCGCUCUGCGAUCAUUGCGACAUGA